AUGUCUUCAAACCGUGUUGAACCGUUUUUUACUUCUUGUAUUUUGUCAGAUAUUCAGAAGCAUAUAAAGAUUUCGAAGUUAAUGUUCUUUACGAAUUUGAAGAAUUGGUCCAAGUCACGAGUUCGUAAUGGAUUUAAGUGGACGAAACAAAACUUUGAACGUGUAGAUCUAACUCAGCUGAUAGGAUGGAACGCCUUUUUUGAAAUACUUUUCGACCCAUUUUUACUAAUAGGCUUGAAUAAAGACGAUGGGUCUUUCAAAUUAACACAACGUUAUUUGCUGGGUGUACUUAUCCUCACGCUACGUGAGAGAGCUGAAGUAAGAAAUUGUGCAUGGACAUCACCGGAGGGAAUGACUAAUACUCUUGAGAUGGAUGAAUUUCAGAGUUGUAAUUACUUUACUACGUCAAUUGAGGCUAUUUUUGCAAAAGCUUAA